UAGAGGCGGUGGGGAACCGCUCUGGACGCAGCGGAACGUGGCGGAGGGAGCCUGCGGGCCGCUGGACCUGCUGCAGACUUAGGAGAUGCCUGAGACAAGGAGACCAGUUUCUCAGGGCAAAAAGAAAAGGAGGUGACAGGCACUGAGACCACUGAAGGGAUCCCAUGGCUAGGAUCAGUUUUUCCUACCUCUGCCCAGCCUCCUGGUACUUCACUGUGCCAACAGUAAGCCCAUUUCCCCGUCAGCGGGUGGCAUUCCUAGGACUCUUCUUCGUAUCCUGUCUCCUAUUACUUAUGUUAAUAAUGGACUUUCGACAUUGGGGUGCUUCAUUACCACGAGAUAGGCAGUAUGAAAGGUAUUUGGCUCGAGUAGGGGAGCUUGAAGCAACUGACACUGAAGACCCAACUCUGAAUUAUGGACUUGUUGUGGACUGUGGCAGCAGUGGCUCCCGGAUUUUUGUUUAUUUCUGGCCAAGACAUAAUGGCAACCCCCAUGAUUUGCUGGAUAUCAAACAGAUGAGAGACCGCAACAGCCAACCAGUGGUUAAAAAAAUCAAGCCAGGAAUCUCUGCAAUGGCAGACACCCCAGAACAUGCCAGUGAUUACCUUCGUCCUCUGCUGAGCUUUGCUGCUGCUCAUGUGCCUGUGAAGAAGCACAAGGAGACACCCCUUUACAUCCUAUGCACAGCAGGCAUGAGGCUUCUCCCUGAGAGAAAGCAGUUGGCCAUCUUGGCUGAUCUAGUGAGAGAUUUACCGCUGGAGUUUGACUUCCUCUUUUCCCAAUCUCAGGCAGAAGUGAUCUCUGGGAAGCAGGAAGGAGUUUACGCAUGGAUUGGAAUCAACUUUGUUUUGGGAAGAUUCGACCAUGAGGAUGAAUCAGAUGCCGAGGCUCCCCAGGAACUGGCAACAGGGCGCAGAAGAACAGUAGGGAUACUGGAUAUGGGAGGAGCCUCUCUUCAAAUUGCUUAUGAAGUUCCUACCUCAACCUCGGUCCUUCCUCCAAAGCAGGAAGAAGAAGCAAAGAUCCUGCUGGCUGAAUUCAACCUGGGCUGUGAUGUGCAACAUACUGAACAUGUGUAUAGGGUUUAUGUCACGACCUUCCUGGGUUUUGGGGGCAACUUUGCCCGGCAGCGCUAUGAAGACCUUGUGCUGAAUGAAACUCUUACCAAAAAUAGGUUGCUGGGCCAAAAGACGGGUCUGAGUCCGGACAAUCCAUUUCUGGAUCCCUGCCUGCCUGUGGGUCUCACAGAUGUGGUAGAGAGGAACAGCCAGGUGCUACAUGUGCGAGGAAAAGGAGACUGGGCAUCUUGUGGGGCAAUGCUGAGCCCCCUACUGGCUCGCUCCAAUACCAGCCAGGCUUCGCUGAAUGGCAUCUACCAGUCGCCAAUUGACUUCAACAACAGCGAGUUCUACGGUUUCUCUGAAUUUUUUUACUGUACAGAGGAUGUGUUACGCAUCGGUGGCCGAUAUCAUGGGCCAACAUUUGCCAAAGCUGCUCAGGAUUACUGUGGCAUGGCUUGGCCAGUACUAACUCAGAGAUUCAAGAAUGGCCUCUUUUCAUCACAUGCAGAUGAGCAUCGACUCAAAUAUCAGUGUUUUAAAUCGGCUUGGAUGUACCAAGUCCUGCAUGAAGGAUUCCACUUUCCCUAUGACUACCCACACCUGCAGACAGCCCAGCUGGUAUAUGACCGAGAGGUUCAGUGGACACUGGGAGCCAUUCUGUAUAAAACACGAUUCUUACCACUCAGGGAUCUACGGCAAGAAGGUGUCCGGCAGGCCCAUGGUAGCUGGUUCCGUCUCUCCUUUGUCUACAACCACUAUCUCUUCUUCGCCUGUAUCCUGGUGGUGCUACUGGCCAUCAUACUGUAUCUUCUGCGGCUACGCCGAAUUCACCACCGACAAACUCGAACCUCAGCUCCAUUGGACUUGCUAUGGAUCGAGGAGGUGGUACCCAUGAUUGGGGUACAGGUGGGGCCUUGAGGCCAGACAAGGACUUGGGAAGCUCCUGUACCCCACAGUUGCUGCCCAUUGAAUUCCACCAUUUUCUUGUACUGGCCUCAGAUGCUGCUUUGCCUGACCUUAGGAUAUUUGGCCUUGGAAUUUCUACCUUAAUAUCUACUUUAAUUCCUUUUCAAUAUCCAGGUCCUCUUCUCUGAGAGAAGCUGUAAUUUAGUCUGUGAAGAACUAAAUAAUGAGAGUUUGGUGCUAACAAAGAGGACCAACCUUAGUCCAGUUGAAGCAUGCUUCUACUCCUUUAUCUGAGAGGUCUAGUGUGUUCCUGGCAUCUAGACUUUUCUCCCCUUGCUAAAGCAUGAAAUUUGGCAUUGGGUAAACUGGAAGCUUGGUUAUAACCAAACUUGGAGCAUCUGAUACAAAGCUGAAGACAUUCCAGCAAGUGCAGCAGCCCCUUCUUUCUCUGUAACAGAGAUAAUCAUUUACAUGGAGAUCCACACCCUUUAGUAGGGAAUCCAAGAUAUUUGCAUUUCAGUGGAACAUAUAGGAACUUCCAGGCAACCAAAAUAACAUAGUUUCUUUGCUUACUUGACAAGCCAUUUAUGAGUGUGGCCCAAGGUCCCUGAUGUGUUGCUGAUGUUAAUUAAUUAGUAUGUGAUUUUAAAAGGUUAGAAGCCCUUCUAAAUGAAUGGUCAAAGACUAAUGGUAUCUUAUGUGAUACCUGGUAUGCCCAGGAUAGAAAAUGUUUCUGUGUCUAUGCUUCACUGGCUGUUUGGGCAUUAAUUUUUCUUUUUGAGCCUUAAGUGUACUUGUGGGUGGAGAAACUGAUGCGACUGGAGAUCUGGAUUUGUCUGGUUUUAAGUUACUGUCUGUAGGCCUAUUUCAAUGAGCCUCUUUACAGCAAAAUUCAAAAGGAGUUCAUUUAUUUCACUAAGAUCAAUAUAUAGUUCAGAAAGGGGUGUAUUUGGAUUGUUUUUAAAAGAAGGAAAGAACAGCAUCAGGAGAGUGGGCAAAGGCAAUAAAAUCCAAGCUCUUACUUUUUCUGAGAAAUAGAAAUUUUCUCAAUUUGACCCAUGGAAUGUCUGAAAAGAAGCAAAUUCUAAACUUAGGAAUAAAUAGAUAAAUCUGCUAACAAGCCACCUGGCAAAUUUUAGAACUUUUAUUAAGAGAUUGCUCCAUCACAGACAGCAUUCCCAUUAAUGAGGAGAGAAGAAAAGCCAUAUGAUUACAUUUUCAUCCACUACCUUGCAGGAGCUUUGUUCCUCCUCUACAUGUAGCCUUUAAAUUGCACCUUCCCCCAUGGGAUCUUUUUCACUUUAUCCUGUCCUACAUGUAGCCUCUGAUGUCCUUCCCAAGAAUUGCUUCCAGAUUUGAAGUAGCUGUCUUUUCCUUUUGUCACUUUAUUUUUAGGGUUAGAUGAGUACAGUAAAUGAUCCCUGACUUUAAUGGGGGAGAAAAGUAGAAUUCUUAAACCAUAAAUAACAUAGUGUGAGCAGAAAGAAAUUAAAUGCUUCAUAAAACAAAGAAAAAUAAAUCAAGAUCCUCCUGGAAAUAAACUGAGAUGAAAACUCUUAGUUGGUAGGUGAAAAGAUGAUGAGUCUAAAUUGUUUUCAAAACAGAUAAAAAUGGAUCUAGCAAAGAGUCUUAUAGUUUUCUCUGGAACUAUUUUUACUUUCAUUAGGGCUUUGUGUCACAGCAGUUUCCUUUCAUCUUUAAGACUUCUAAAUUGCCUUGAUUUUGACUUCUCUUUGGGUCCCUGUGAAUGAGCCCUCACCUUGAGUGCUGCUUAGAAAUAAUGUCAGAACAUGUUUUUUUGUUAGCCAGUGAGUGCCUCCCCAGGUACUCUUUUUCCCUCAUCUUGGUUUUCUCAUGAGAUCUUCUCAGUGAUCUGGUCAAAAGCUACCUAAUUAGCUAAUAGUGAUGACAUUUGUGUGCUGGAAAUGAAGCUGCAGCAGGGAGGUGGUGAGGAGUCCAGUUUGAAAACUCUUUAUUAAUGAAGUUAUUCUUCCUCCUGGUUCUAAAAAUGGUAGCUGCCAUCUAUUAAGCAUUUAUUGUGUGCCAUACACUCUUCAGAAUUUUAUGUAUAUUAUUUAAUCAUUAUGACAGCCUUUUUCAGAUGAAUAUUACUUUUUGUGUUUUUAUAAUUGAGAAACCCAGGAUAUCAUACGCUUAUCCUUUUUUCAAUGUAAAUGUAUUAUUCUUAAUUUAUUUUAAUUAGCUUUUAACUUUUUGUUUAGUGUAUUAUAUCCUAUUUAUUAUUUUCAUAUUAUAGGACCUAGGCUUGUCUUUGUUACCACGAGCAUGACUUUUCAGAGUUAUGGUAUAAACAUAAGAAGGACAUGUUUUUAUCAUACCCCUCAGAAAAACUGAGUAUUUGCUAUUGGUAUUGGUUCCUGUGCCUCUUUCAUUGUUCUCAAUCAUUUUAAAUGAAAUCUCAUUAGGUAGAAAGAGAAGCCACUUAUUCUUUGAAGGCUAAUUACCUAUAUGUAUUGCUUUCUCAUGAUCAUCCUGUGAAUAGAAUUGAUCCAUCUUGUCUUUUAGCCCUUAGUCUUUAAAGAUUUCUUAAGAUCUGUGUUUGUAUUUCUGCAUUUUCAGUGGUUUUCAUUAAAGUCACAUCCCAGAAGUUCUUCUGAGUCUUACCAACUAGUCUUCUAUGAAUAAUAAAUCUGAAUAGUUUUAGUACUUCUUAUCCUUAGUGAGACAAGCUGCAAAUGUCAAAAUCAGAGUCAGUGGCUGAUAGGGGAUAAUGCUAUCCCCUAGAACAUAAUGAAAAUAUGUAUAAUAUCCACAUUUAUGGCAUUACAUUGACUUAAGUUGCAGUUAACUCUAGGCCAAAUUAUACCAUCUUUGUUUCUGUACCUUAACUCCUUGGAUUGAUUUUUGUUGGUUUAGGGAAUUUAGUCACUUUCCAACAACCUUAUCUUAAUCUUUCAUGUUAUCCAAAGUAUUCCACCUCUCCUCCCCUCAGCCUGACAGCUUUCUUUAACUUCAUAGGCAUUGGGCAAUGAUUAUUAAAAUGUGGUUAUUGAGUCUGUCAUGCACUUGCUCAGCUAAUCUUUUCAGAUAUUAGCAUUUAGUAUCACAUGCAUAUUUGUUGUCAUUGUUGAGGUAUAGUUGACAUAAUAUCAUAUUAGUUUCAGGUUUACAACACAAUGACUUGAUAUUUGUGUACACUGCAAAAUGAUCACCACAGUGAGUCUAGUUUCCCUGUCACCAUAUAAAGUUAUGUAACAUGCAACGUGGUGUUAUUGACUCUAGUCACCAUGCUGAACAUUACAUCCCAUGACAUGACUUAUUUAUGACUGGAGUUUAUACCUCUUGACCCUUCUUCUGUCUUGCUCAACCUCCCUGCUACCCCCAUUCUGGCAACCACCUAUUUGUUCUCUGCAUCUAUGAGUUUUUUUUCUUUUGUUUUAGAUUCCACAUAUAAAUGAAACCAUAUGGUUGUCUUUCUCUAGUUCAUUUAGCAUAAUACCCACAGGGUCCAUCCACAUCACAAAUGGCAAGAUUUCAUUCUUUUUUAUGGCUGAGUAGUAUUUCUCUAUGUGUGUUUGUGAGGGGUAUACAUCUUUAUCCAUUUAUCCAUCAGUGGACACUUUGGUUGUUUUCUUAUUUUGGCUAUUGUGAAUGCUGCAGUGAGCAUAGCAUAUAUCUUUUUAAAUUAAUGCUUUCAUUUUCUUCAGCUAAAUACCCAGAAGCAGACUUGCUGGGUCACAUGGUAGUUCCAUUUUUAGUUUUUUGAGGAACCUUCAUACUGUUUUCCAUUAUGGCUACACCAAUUUACAUUCCCAAUAGUGCACAAUAGUUCCCUUUUCUCUAUAUCCUCAUCAACACUUAUUUCUUUUUGAUUAUAGCCAUCCUGACAAAUGCAAGACGAUAUAUCUCAUGGUUUUGAGUUGUAUUUCUCUGGUGAUUCCUGAUGCUCAGCAUCUUUUCAUGUGCCUGUUGGCCAUCUGUAUGUCUUCUUUGGAAAAAUGUCUGUUCAGGUCCUCUGCUCAUUUUAAAAUCAGAUUGCUUGUGUUUUGUUAUUGAGUUGUAGGAGUUCUUUUUAUAAUUUGGAUGUUAACCCCUUACCAGAUUUAUGAUUUGCAAUAUAUUUUCCCAUUCAGUAUGUUGCCUUUUUGUUAAUGGAUUCCUUUGCUAUGCAGAAGCUUUUUAGUUUGAUAUAGUUUCAUUGUUUAUUUUGGUUUUUAUUGCCAUUGCCUUUGGAGUCAGAUCUAAAAAAAUACAGCCAAGAGUGAUGUCAAGAAGCUUAUUGCAUAUGUUCUCUUCUAGGAGCUUUAUGGUUUCUGGUCUUAUAUUCAAGUCUUUAAUCCAUUUUGAGUUAAUUUUUGUGUAUGGUAUAAGAUAAUGGUCCAGUUUCAUUCUUUUCCAUGUGGCUGUUCAGUUUUCCCAACACCAUUUAUUGAAGAGACUGUCCUUUCCCCAUUGUGUAUUCCUGCCUCCUUUGUUGUAAAUUGAGUCAAUCAUAUAUGCAAGGGUUUAUUUCUGGGCUCUCUUCUGUUCUAUUGAUCUGUGUGUCUGUUUUUAUGCCAAUACCAUACUGUUGAUUACUAUAGCUUUGUAAUAUAGUUUGAAAUCAGGGAGCAUGAUGCCUUCACAUCCAUAUUUACAUUUUUGAAAUAAAAUAACUUCUCACUGGUAUUAUCUAAAUAGAUGGCUCUUUCUAAUCCUUUUCCCAUGCUUUUGUUUUGCUUUCUGUCAGGAGUGAGACAAGUGGGUGGUAUGAUAUAGGGGAAAGAACACUGGUGUCACAAACAGCAGACUUGGAUUCUCGUCCUGGCUGUGUCAUUGACUAGCUCUGGUACUCCAGGCAGGUCACUUGCCCUCUCUGGUGCAUUUCUCAUUUGCAAAACAAGGUGGCUGGACAAGAUGCUCUGAUCUUAGUUCCAAAGGGAGAACCAUUGGCCUGAAGAACUAAAGGUGAGAGAACAAUAGGAAAGUGAUAGUUUCAGGAAGAGGAUUUUGGUCUUUGGUUCAAAAGACCAGGUUGCCCAAAGGAGAGCCAGUGGUCAUCUCCUACUUUAUUCAUUGUCCCUGACAUUAAGGUUGAUGGGAAUGGAGUUUCCAAUAGCAAUCAUUAAUACAUAAAUUUCAGAAGCGAUUUUUACAGCUGGGAUGUUAGAGGUCUGUCUUCUGUUAACCUCCUUGGUUUCAUGGAUGAUGAAAUCGAGGCUGAGAGCAGUGGUAAUAUGUGCAAAGUCACAGUGAGUGGCCUCUAGGACUCCAUUUCCUCUACUAUAAAUACAUACCUUUGACAGCUGCAACAAAAUUCUCAUUGACAGAAUCUUCCUGCAAGAUUAUGUAUUUCAAUAGAAUCUAUUCUUUAUAAUAGAACUGACUACAAGUAACCAUGCCCAAUCUUUGUAACUGCUUCUGAUACUCAUUUGUGAUUGCUUUGCUCACAUUUAGGAAUAAACUAUAAAAGAAAUACUUUGUCAGAAAUAGCACCAAGUUGUUAGUACAUCUAUUCUACCUUCUAUAUUUAAUACUUUUAAAUUCUAGAUGCUUCUUUUAAACAACUUGCUUUGUUUUGUACAAUUUUCUUAACCGCAGCAUCUAAGCAAUUCAUUUGAUGGUUAUAAUUGAAAUUAUUUAAGGUAUAAAUACCUUAUUAGAUCUACCUCAUUAAUGAACUUGGCCAUAAUUCUCGGGCAGUUCUCAGACACUCCCUUACAGAAAUAAAAUGCUGUUUGUUUUUGCUGUCUUUAAACUUUUCAUACUAAUUCAGAACUAGUAUCUAAUUGCCCUGUGUGCUGUGUUAUGUGAUGGAACUUCAUUUGAGAUAAAAAAUUAAAGUAGAAGUAGCAACAGAUACUUCAGAUUGUCCCAUGGCAGCCUUUUAGGUCAUGCUUAGUUUCAGAGUCCUGCCACUAGGGUCAUACACUCCAUCAAACUUGAAAGGAUUUGGUUGGUGUGAACAAAAAAUACUUGUUAAAAAACAAGGACUCUUUUAUUAUGUACUAAUAGACUUCCUUUGUAUUAUUACAUAUUUCUCUUUUACUCUAAUUCAUUAUUUCCAGUUUGUUAGUACCAUCAUUAGAGGGACAGAGGAGGUCAACAUCUGUUGACCAUUUUCUCUGGAAGUCUGAGUACUACGAAAAUCCUUUUAUUUGUAAAAUUGAGUCAUUACUCAUACUGUAAGGGCUUUUUACUUUUAAAGUGUAUUCAAUCAUGGCCUGCCAUUUCUAUAAAAACCAAAGUUGAAACAAAUUUCUGAAUCACAGGAUGUUUAUAGCCACGCAUGUAUGACUUCAGGCGAGCCUGAGGACACGUCUGCUUCUGAGCCUUUCCUUUUUAAGCAGUGCUGCCACUCACAGUCCCACUGGCAGCCUCCCACACUGCUUCUCCGGUAUUAAGGUAGACCUGGUGCUCUCCUCAGGAGCCCCUUCUGCAGAGGACUUGCCCAAGUCUGGCCUUUUCAGACUGCUACUGGGGAAGGCUCUACACCUGAUGAGCUUCACGACUCUUUCUCUGCGAGCAAGGAUCCAAGACAAAUACCUUGAUUUCUGGUAAUGCUAUCACUAUGUUGUAUUUGAAAUUCUCAUUCCUCAGUUCCCCUUUUGUUGAAGCCCUGAAGUGUAUGCCUUGUCUCCUCCAUUACUUCUGUCUUCAACAAUGAACUCCACAGUGUUGAAUGGCAUCUUUCUAUUAAGACCCACAGCCAGACACUCCCUUCUUGCUUUAAAAAACCAAAGGCUACCUAUAUUGCAUCACUUUUGGGAGUUGCUAAGACUGUAUGUUUUUUAAAAUUAAACUAUUUCAUUUCACUCAACAGUUCUUAAAUUGUUAAAUACUGUUAAAUCAGUGUUGAAAAAAAGUGUAAUGCAUAUUAGGGAGAGAUACAUUGUCCCCUAGGCAGGGACAUGGGUGUAUGUGUUACACCUGCCGAUACAUAACCCACCAAUCAUUCCAGAACUGGAAAGUGCUACAAAUCAACUGGUUAUCCUAAUGUCAUAAUCAUCACUU